ACCAAGUCUCUCGCUUUUCCUAUGCGCACCUUGUUCCGCUGACCAGCUGCUCGGCUCUUCGGCGCCGACGCUCCAGUCUGGAAAAAACAAGGUUAUUAUUUUCAAAGAAAUGCCUAAGAUAAAGACUAGUCGGGUUAGAUAUCCAGAAGGAUGGGAGCUUAUUGAGCCUACUCUUCGAGAACUUGAGGCUAAGAUGAGGGAAGCUGAAAAUGACCCGCAUGAUGGGAAGAGGAAGUGUGAAGCUCUUUGGCCAAUUUUUCGGAUUGCUCAUCAGAAGAGCAGAUACAUAUAUGACCUUUACCAUCGGAGAAAAGAAAUUUCAAAGGAAUUGUAUGAAUUCUGCUUAGACCAGGGUCAUGCAGAUCGUAAUCUGAUUGCAAAGUGGAAAAAGCCAGGGUAUGAGCGUCUUUGUUGCCUCCGUUGCAUCCAGACGCGAGACCAUAACUUCGCAACCACAUGCGUAUGCCGGGUGCCCAAACACCUCAGAGAAGAAAAGGUGAUAGAAUGUGUUCACUGUGGAUGCAGGGGCUGCGCCAGCGGAGAUUAAGCUCGCAAAAAAUCUUUACAUAUUCUGGUACUCUCCAAUGUUUCUUCCAUUAGAACAUCAAGACAGCUUACUGUAUCCUAGCAGCUUACAGAAACAUUGCCUCAGUGGCUUGCUUUAUCGAUAUUUGCAUAUUGACAUCAGGAGCUGCAACCUAACAUCAGAGUAAUCAUGCAUAACUUGACUUAUAUUUCUUAAUCAGCUCGUUUCAUGACAGCUUCUGAAUGAUCAAUUGUAAAAAUAUCAUCAUUUAUAUCUAUGUUACUUGUGUAAUUAGUUAUAUUCUAUGGUACUCUGUUAAUUCA